AUGUCUUGGACGCGCCUCAUCAGAUUCGUCGACGACGCCGGACGGGAAACCUUUGGGGAGCCCGAGGUUGACAGCGCGGAGCAAGUGGAGGAGCUGCUGGCGGAGGGAAAUCUCUAUGCCACCGAGUUCCAGGGACCAAACCCCCUUGCGUCCUUGACGAAAGGUUCAAGAGUCCAUGUCAAGGUGCUGUUGGACCUUCUGAGGCCGUCGGACGUGCCGAUUAUUCGGUGCAUUGGCCUAAAUUACAUCAAACACAUCCAAGAAGGGGGCCGCACACCGCCGCCUUAUCCGUCCGUCUUCAUCAAGCCGUCCACCUCAGUAGCCGGCCACGCCGAGGACGUGCCGAUUCCGCGGAUCGCGCAGGACGGCACGCUGGACUACGAGGGCGAGCUGGCCAUAGUCAUCGGCAGGACGGGCAAGGACAUCAGCAAGGCCGACGCGCUUUCGCACGUGGCAGGCUUCCUGGUGGCCAACGACGUCUCGGCGCGCGGCUGGCAGCGGGACCCCAAGAAGGCCGGCGGCGUGCCGCAGUGGUGCUUCAGCAAGGGCUUCGACAAGUUCGCGCCACUCAGCGCCGUGCUGGUGUCGCCGCGGGUGGUGGGUAACGCGAGUUCUCUGACGCUGCAAACGUUUGUCAACGGCGAGGAGCGCCAGAACACGAGCACCUCAGAUCUCUUGUUUGGCGUCGAAGAUAUUGUGGCCUUUUGCAGCCAGGGGACGACGCUAGAGGCGGGCACGGUGAUCCUGACGGGCACACCGUCGGGGGUGGCCAUGGGCAUGAAGGAGCCCAGAUAUCUGAACGACGGGGAUAUGGUGGAGGUGCGUAUAAGCCAGCUUGGAGGGGCGAGGAACAAGAUGGCCUUUGAAUGA